AUGUUCGCCUCCCGCACCCUCUUCGCCUUGUCGACGCUCGUGGUCUCCGCCCUCGGCGCGACCUACUCGCAGACCGACAGCCACCAGGGCGACGGCUUCCUCAAAUCGUUCACGCACCAGGCCAUCGCUGACCCCACACACGGCAGAGUGAACUACGUCGAUCAAACGACUGCGCUCGCGCAGAACCUCACCUUCUCGUCCGGAGACCAUUUCGUCAUUCGCGCCGACCACACCACCGUGCUCAGCGCGAGCGGCCCCGGGCGGAACUCCGUGCGUCUGCAGAGCAACAAGCAGUACACGACACACGUCACAGUGUGGAACAUCCGUCACAUGCCCCAAGGAUGCUCCACAUGGCCCGCGCUGUGGGAGGUCGGUGCGGACUGGCCCAACCAAGGCGAGAUCGACGUGCUGGAGGGCGUCAACGACGUGAGCCCGAACCAGUCUACGCUCCACACCAGCUCCGGAUGCUCGAUGCCCGCGUCUCGUUCGCAGACGGGGACCUCCGGCUCGAACAACUGUGACGUCGCGGCCACAAACAACGCGGGAUGUGGCGUGCAGGCGAACAAGGCCAACAGCUAUGGCCCUGGCUUUAACAACGCCGGCGGAGGCUGGUAUGCAAUGGAGCGCACGACAUCGUUUAUCAAGGUCUGGUUCUGGUCGCGCACCGACGGGUCGGUGCCCAGCGAUGUCUUGAACGGCGCGACCUCUAUCAACACGGACAACUGGGGCACUCCGUACGCGUUCUUCCCCAGCCAGUCGUGCGACCUGAACUCGCACUUCGGCGCGCACAACAUCAUCAUUAACCUCACGCUCUGCGGCGACUGGGCCGGCGCCGUAUUCAACCAGGACGGCUGCUCCGGGAACUGCGUCGACUUCGUGAACAACAACCCGUCCGCGUUCACGAACGCGUUCUUCGACAUUCAGUGGCUCAAGAUCUACGGGUGA